AUGCCGCUUAUCAUGGGCCUGACACUACACCCACCCAAACCAGCUCUGGCCGGCGACAUGAUCAACAAGUUCAACGUCACCAGCGAUCACAUGGACAACGUAUAUCUGCCUGGAGAUAUGGAGCGCUGGCCUCUGUUUCUCGAUAUGGAGAAGAGUCAUGACCCAGCUUGGCAGCCCCAGGGUUCCAGCAAGACAAUGCCAUGGGAGGACCUCUGCGACAAGUGGAGAAAGAUUGCCGACAAAAGGCUAGUUGCCGCUGUGAAUCUUUGGGCGAAGAGGCUGCCAUUUGACCAAGAGAGCUUUGAUAAAGAUCGCAAGGGAGAGGAGAAGAAGCCAAAAUUCAAUCCGCUUAGACGGCAGAUGCCAAGAGCACUUUUGGAUAGAUAUGAAACGAUGAUCCCGGCUUUGCCCUCGGUGGCGGUGGGCGUGUGA